AUGAACGAGGAUAAUCAAUUUGAACAUCGUUUUUCUGGAAGCCCUUUAAUGAGCCAUUCAUUUGGAAACGCUACUCCAGCAAGGGAUUCUUCAUCGCCUGAUCAGUCCUUCCAAAGUCCCUCCUCUUCUGAGGACUCUACUUACUUUAGAUCAAAUAAGGAGGAAGAGACCGCGAAAGUGAGAAAUCAUAAGAAGAAAUUAGAAAGGAAGGCCAAUAGUGUUGCCUACAGAAUUCGCGAGCACGUGAGGCUGGGGCCUAAAUUUUCUGAAACGGUGAAGGGGAAGUUGAGUGUUGGGGCCAAAAUAAUCAAGAAAGGUGGUAGAGAAAACAUUUUCAAGGACAUUUUUGGUGUCAUCAAUGGAGAGAAGCUAUUGAAGGCAUCUCAAUGCUAUUUAUCAACCUCAGCAGGGCCAAUUGCUGGGAUUCUGUUUAUCUCUACAGAAAAGGUUUCAUUCUGCAGUGAAAGAUCCAUUACUGUCCAAUCCUCUUCUGGAGCCCUUAUCAGAACUCUUUACAAGGUUUCUGUUCCUGUGAAGAAGAUAAAAGAAGCUAAACAAAGUGAGAACGCGAACAAUCCAUCACAGAAGUACAUAGAAAUUGUCACUGAAGACAAUUUUGAAUUUUGGUUUAUGGGAUUUGUACGGUAUGAGAAAGCCUUUUUGAAUCUCCAAAAGGCCAUUUCUAUAUGCAAAUAG